UUAUCCCACAACACACAGCCAUAAGCACGUGGAAACCAGAGGUGUGUGCACUGGUAUUUUUGCAGAGCUGCAGAACAUCGUUAAAGUGAUAAACAGUUGCAAUAAGCCAUUACCUGCACACGUUAAUGUAAUUAGUAAACAAACUUGUGGCAGGCGUCGAGCUCCUGCGUCAGACUUUACGCACCAUGCGCCCUGUGUGACUGGAAGCUGAUUUCGCAUCUUUGCGCGCAGAGAUGUUGUAUACCGGAGACAGUGCCUGAAUGAAGAGACCGUGCACCCACUUUGGAUUCAUAGUGUCACGCUGACACGAACGCUACAACCAGAUUGAAGAAAAAAACACAACUUUCUUUACCUGCUUCCUCCUGAUCUCCAGUCAGUCACCUAUACCACCUUCACCCUGAAGGAGCUCCGGUGUUGCAGCUAUGCCAAAGAACACCAAGGUGACCCAGCGGGAGCACAGCAAUGAGCCAGUCACUGAGUCAGUGGCUGACCUGCUGUCCCUGGAGCAUCCCAUGGACUAUAAGAGCAGUCAGAUGAGUAUGGGUUUGAGUCCUGGCUCUACCGCUCCAGUGAAGGCCCUGAUACCCUCCCCUGACCCCGACGCCGAGGACGGCAGACCGGCCUGGAACAACAAGCUGGAGUACAUCCUGGCCCAGGUGGGCUUUUCUGUUGGCCUGGGUAAUGUCUGGAGGUUCCCCUACCUGUGCCAGAAGAACGGUGGAGGUGCAUACCUGGUGCCCUACUUUAUUCUCCUCCUCCUCAUCGGCAUCCCCCUGUUCUUCCUGGAGCUGGCAGUGGGACAGAGGAUCAGGCGUGGCAGCAUCGGGGUGUGGAACUACGUCUGCCCACAGCUGGGAGGCAUCGGGGUUUCCAGUCUGAUGGUUUGCGGUUUUGUGGGCCUCUACUAUAAUGUGAUUAUCGGCUGGAGCAUCUUCUAUUUCUUCCAGUCUUUCCAGUAUCCACUGCCUUGGGCUGAAUGCCCCAUCCAGAGAAAUGGAUCCCAAGCCAUCGUGGAGCCGGAGUGUGAGAAGAGCUCGGCCACCACUUACUUCUGGUACCGCCAGACUCUCAACAUCACCAGCUCGAUCGAUGACACCGGCGGCCUGAACUGGAAGAUGACCCUGUCCCUUCUGGUAGCUUGGAUCUUGGUCUGCCUGGCUGUCAUCAAGGGCAUCCAGUCCUCUGGGAAGGUGAUGUACUUCAGCUCUCUCUUCCCAUAUGUGGUGCUUUUCUGUUUCCUGGUGCGAGGUUUGAUGCUGAAGGGAGCAGUGGAUGGCAUCGCUCACAUGUUCACCCCUAAGCUGGAAAAGAUGUUGGAGCCGCAGGUGUGGAGAGAAGCAGCCACGCAGGUCUUUUUCGCUCUUGGCCUUGGUUUCGGAGGCGUCAUCGCUUUCUCCAGCUACAACAAGCGAGACAACAACUGCCACUUUGAUGCAACGCUAGUCUCCAUCAUUAACUUUGUUACCUCCAUCCUGGCCACUUUAGUUGUGUUUGCGGUCCUGGGGUUCAAGGCGAACAUCAUGAACGAGAAGUGUGUUGUUGAUAAUGCAGAGAAGAUUUUGGGCUUCCUAAACACAGGUGUGCUGAGCAAAGAGCUCAUCCCUCCUCACAUCAACUUCUCCCACCUGUCCGCCCAGGACUACACAGAGAUGUACGGUGUCAUUAAGACGGUUAAGGAGGACAGCUUCGACCAGCUGGGCCUGGACGCCUGUGUGCUGGAGGAUGAACUCAACAAGGCGGUUCAGGGCACUGGUCUGGCAUUCAUCGCCUUCACAGAGGCCAUGACACAUUUCCCUGGCAGUCCCUUCUGGUCUGUCAUGUUCUUCUUCAUGCUGAUCAACUUGGGUCUGGGAAGCAUGAUCGGCACCAUGACUGGCAUCACCACACCCAUACUGGAUGCUUUUAAGAUCCGCAAAGAGAUCCUAUGUGUGGCUUGCUGUAUCAUAGCCUUUCUGUUAGGCCUGCUGUUUGUGCAGCGCUCAGGGAACUACUUUGUCACAAUGUUUGAUGACUACUCAGCUGGUUUGCCUCUCACUGUGGUGGUGAUCCUGGAAAACAUCUCUGUAGCCUGGAUCUACGGCACUAAGAGGUUCAUGCAGGACCUGGAGGACAUGCUUGGUUUCAGGCCGUACGCCUUCUAUUACUACAUGUGGAGAUUUGUGUCGCCAGCUGUCCUGGUGGUGCUCAUCAUCUCCACUGUCAUCGAGAUGGCCGUCAGUCCUGCAGGAUACAACGCCUGGGUGGAGGCUGAGGGCGCAGAGCGUUUCCACAGCUACCCUCCCUGGGCUUUAGCCAUGGCCUACUCCCUCAUCGUGGUGGCCAUGCUGCCUUUACCCCUUGUCUUUAUUGUUCGCCACUUCAACCUGAUCUCAGACGGCUCCAACAAGCUGUCCGUCUCCUACCGUAAAGGCAUGAUGAAGGACAUCUCCAACCUCGAAGAGCAGGACGAGCAGCGCUUCAUCCUCAGCAAGAAGCUCAGCGAGGCUCCUUCCCCAAUGCCUGCCCACCGUGCUUACCUGGGCCCCGGCGGCACCCAAGAGAUGACCAACACCAACUACGGCACCAGCACCAAGACGGGCUACCAGAACAUCGGCUCGCCCGAGUCUGAGCUAUGAUCCACUGAGCUCAUAGAUCCUCCCAUCCAUUAAACCCCAGCCUUGCUUAGAGAGAGGGAGACAGAGGAAGAAAGGGAGGAACAGAGGAAGUCAAGAGGCAAUGAAAAUCCACUGUUGAUUGUUGCAGCGUUCAUCACACUUUAACCCCCCAGAGCUGAGUCUCUCUAUCCCCCCUUUUCUGUCCCUACGUUCCUCGCCUUUGGUUCUUCCCCGCCAUAGGAUCCGUGCUGCCAGUUGCCUGUCAAUCCUAGCUGUAAUGAAGGGAUUAUGGGAAUGCGAGUCCCACCAGAUAUAACGACAUUUUCCAUUUGUCAAAGUAAAACAGGGGCAGAGAGAGAGGGACAGAGACAGGAACAGAGGGAGUGAAGCUUAGAAAGGUCCACUGAGGGCUUAGAUACUACAAGCUUUGUUUUGUAAUAAGCUCUGGCCGAGGUUAAGGUAUGUGCAGCGCUAAAAUGCUUUACCAGUUUGGAGAAGGUUCUUUUUGAGACAGUUAGAUGUUCCUAACAUCUUAUUAUUCUGGUUCAGUUGUAGAAAAUGAUUUGUGGGGUUAGGAUGGAUGGAAGGAGACUCAGAAAGAAAACUUAUUUUCAUGAUCAGUAUCACCGUAUGAGAACAUUUCUCAUCUAGAAAGCAAACUUAUUACAAAUGCAUUCAUAUCAGUAGGUAAUAAGUAAGUCUUAUAGUGUAAACAGUGUUACAAGCACAUUACAUCUUUAUUGUGCCUAUCAUGCAUCAGCAAUAAUAACCAGUCAAAGUAGGGUCCUCAUAAAACUGUGGAUCUCCUUCUAUCCCUACUUUCCCCACUGAUGUAGAAUACUGUACAUAUGUGUUGUGCAAUAGUCUGAGACAUCACCGUAAAUCGUGUAUAUACAUCACAGAAGUGCAAAAGUAUUCGCUUCUUCAUUUCUUCUCCAUGAAUACCGAAGCACAGACACCCACUAUCGUUUUAGAGCAUCUCUGAGCCUUAACACAGAGCAGCACUUUUCUUUUAAACAACCUUUCUUCUUGACAAAUAAGGCUCUGGAGCUGUUGCCAACAGCACUGCACACGUUGUCUCGCUGCUGUUCCAGUCGCAGCUGGUCUAGACAAAGCUUUUCCAUUUGAAUCAAUCAAUUUAAUCAAGCGAUUCUAUUUUAAUCAAUGCCCUAGAAGGGCAGAGUUGGCAGUGCACAAGUAGAGAUAAGCAGAGCAGCAUCACGCUCGUCGUCUGUCUGUGUGUUAAUGAGGCAGACCUAGAAGGAAUUGGAAAAUGUGAGUUUGUGUACGUGCCUGUGCAAGUGUGCGUGCGUCAGUGUGUCAUCUGCUGCUGAAUGAGAGCUCCCGGUGACCCUGCCUCUUUAAAAAUAGAGCAGCGUUACCCAAGGUAAGCCGUGGCAACGCACCAUAGAUACAGAUCCUCUUCUGAUGUGAAGGAGGAAGAGAAGAGUGGACAUCUUGCUUUGUCUGUUCCACCUGCACAACUGUGUACUCAGCAAUACACACAAGAUAUUUUACUGUUGAGGUCCUACAAGAAUAUAUCUCUAAUGUUUUACAGUGCAUUGAGUAAGAGGUUCACUGCCGUGCCGCGUUGUGGAUUUAUUAUGCGUCACCCCUAAGAGGAAGAUGUUUGGGUUUAAUUGUUGUACAUUCCUCAAAUUGUAACCACUAUGGAUUUCAUAAGCACUAAAAUGUACACUUUGAUGUAUUUUUGUGAACUGAGGUGUGAAAAGUUUAAUCCUUUUUUGUAUAAAAAAUGUCUAUAAUCUUGUAUGACAAUGUAUGUUUAGGGGUAUAAUAUGGAAAUUGUGCAGUGAUAUAAAUAUUUGGACUAAGUGGUAAUACACGGAUUUCAUCACUGGAUGUCUCUGUUGGCCAGCAGAGGAGCCAAUGACUCUCUGUCUCUCGUGGCCCCUCCCUGAGACAACACCAAUACUUGAGACUGAACAGAUGUAGUGUGAAGCACAGUCAGUCAGUCACAUUGUUUGGUGCCUGAACAGCAUCUCUGUUGUCUGUUUGCCUUAUGCUUUGGUUCAUCUCAUUCACUUGAGCACUUUAAUUAGGUAGAGACCCUGGAGUUGUUUGUCAAGUGCAGGUUGGACAAAAGCUUUGUCAUUAAUCACAAGAAUGCUGUCACAGAAUAUGUAUUGGUUAGCAAUAUUUAUAUAUAGUGACAGAUUGAGGGCAGAAUGUCUACGAAAUGCACAAUACACAACUUUGUCAAACAUCUGUUUUUUGUGUGUUAGUUAAGCAGAUUGUUUUCUGUAAAAUUUGAGCAUUUUAACAAUAAUGUUGCAUCUUAUAAUGUUAAGAGUGUGUUGAUGCAUUGAAUUUUGCCCUGUUAUGACACUAGUGUUGAUUGAUGCCAUUGGCUAGCUCCUAGGUCCUCCUAAAUACGUAAAGUCUUGACCAAUACCUACACUGUUACAUGGCUCUUACUAUCUGCUUAGGUUUCAGGCUACAGUACCUAGUACUUAGUAGUGCCUACAGUAGCUGUGAUAUAUUGCUUGGUAUAUACUGAAGUGAUGAAUAAUAUAAUUCCCUACUGAUCUACCAUGAAACACCUUUACAUCCUUUAUUUUCCCUCCUGUCGCCCAAAGAUCUAUGUUCUUUUUUGUAAUAAUAAUGUGAGGGUUUAAGUAGUGAAAGCCUACAUUACAGGGAGUAAAGGGCAGUAGGUGAACCACUGUGAAAACAAAACAAUAAAAAAACAAAGGGAUCUUUCCACACUAGUCUCCCCCUAAAUCACAGGAAAGGUGGUUGCUCUCCAUCCUGAAUGCAUUAGGAUCUUACAAAUGAACAUGUAAACACACAUUAGCCAGAGUAUACCCUGCUCAGUUGCUAAAAAUGAGCAGAAACAUGCAGAACUACUGUGAUGUACAAGAAACCAGAUGUUUUUGGUCAAUUGGCUUACGACACAAAUGACACAUAACCUCAGGUGAAGGCACUCUCCUGAAUUCCCCUGCAGCUUAAAAGCUCUGACACACCAGGGCACAUUAAAGCACAUUAAAGCACAUUUAUGGAAGCACAGGAAAGUGAGCACAAAGGAGUUGCAUGCCUUGGUGAGCAAGCUCCAGUCAAUGAGUUAAAAAUAGAGUCAGUGUGGGUGAUCUGGAUGAUGAAACCUAUAGAUUAUGUUAGUUAUGGUCUAAUUCCUGCAUCCUCCAAGGGGUCACUGGAGGAUAAGUCUGCACACUGAAAUGCACUGCCAUCUACAUAAGAAGCUAAACUGCACCAUUAUAGUUUGUUCUAACUAUAGAUUGAUCUGCACAAUAAAUACAUGAGCUGACAAACCUGAGCUUAUACUGGUGUGGAGUAAAGAGCACAAUCAAAACACAUGAGUUCACAGAGUCUUUUGAAAACAGCAAUCUUAUUUUAAACCCCUGGCUUAUUUCAAUACAUGAUGCACAGUUUGCCACAUUUCGCCAAGGAGUUCCCACUUCUCCACACCAGGCACAACAGGUCUUGCCUUUAACAUUAAAGACACUGUUGAAAUACUCUGCCCAGUGGAAAAAUGUCUUAUCAUAUUGGUUCAAAUUUGCUUAGUAAAAAGAUAUUGGCAUUUAGUAGACUAUUGAUAUUGGAUAUUUAUUGUUGAAAACUCCAGGGUCUCUUUGUCUUGUCCAUGUGUCGGCUGUGUUGCAUUAUGUACUACAAAGCAACUUCUUUUUACUGUAACUCAGUUGAAUUACUGUGAAUAACGCAACAAAAAUAGAGUAAUAGUGUUUUUAUUUAACUGUGCAAAUAGUCUUUAUGUGACCAAAUCCAUAGUUAUAUUUAUAGUAUUUAAGACAUGAGAUGUAUUUAAUCUGUACAUAUUGAUGUACAUUCUGAUAAAUCCACACUGAGUAUAGUAUAGCAUAUAGUAAGAGUGCCCGGGUGUAUACUUGAGCUGUAAAUAAUAAUUGUAUAUUUUGAUAUAUUUUUUGAUUUUUGUACUGUAGGUAAUGUUACUUUACUGUCUGUUGGUUUCUGUGUGUGUGGUUGUGGUUGUUCUCAAUCAGCUGAGCGACUGUGUGUGUGUGUGUGUGUGUGUGUGUGUGUGUGUGUGUGUGUGUGUGUGUGUGUGUGUGUGUAAAGUAAGAGUAUAUGUAGGUUUUUGGUGUUUAAAUGUGUGUGUUUUUUCUCCUCUCUCGGUGUUAUGUGCUGCUGAUCUAAUCCAGUAGAUAAAAUCCUGUCGUUACAGUGAACUGGGACCUCUAAUGUAAGCAAUCUCUGCUCUGUUUCUCACUGGAACUGCAGCUUCCAGCACAAAACUGACAAUACAAUCAGAAGGAAAUGUUUGAGUAUAUACAGUCAAACAUUUCCUUCUGAUUGUUCAGUCGGAAUCUGUGUGUGAAGAUUCACGUUGUUAUAAUAUUGAGACAGAAACUGAAGUUCUUUGGUUGAAGAGAGUGAUGAACUGUACAAAAAUGAUGAAGUACACAGGAAAUUAAAAUAAACACUUUUAUUAAAUAGA